CAGGAAAGCAAACCUCAAGCACUAGACUUUGUAUGUGGAAUCCAGCUCUGGAUAAGCAGGAAAGGACACCUCAGCUUUGGAAGUGAUUUCAUGUAAUUGGAAGCACUUGGGUACAAGAUACUAACUAACAUAUUGGUCCCUUUUUUGUUUCAUUCGCACUGUUGAGUUUCUAUAUUAUGCAUUACAGAGUUAACAGAUAGGGUGUGAGUGCCACCACUCCUCCAAAGUGUGUCUAAGCCCAUAAACCUCAGAAUCUGACAUGGUCAGGCUCCCAUAACCCCACAGGCCUGUGUGCCCUUUUGUUAUAAAUCUCCACCAUUUUCUGGUGAGCUGCAGGACAAGUAGAAAUAAAAGAUGAAUUGUACAAUAUAUAUUUGGUUCCAGAGAGCCUUGCUUUGAAGAUACCUGCAUUGAUGAGCUUAGGGAGUGUGGAGCAGGGACUCAGGAAAACUCAGGCAGUGGAACCCAGGGAAAAGAAGACACAGUCUCAGGUGGAAAAAACAAUUCCCUCUUUCCUGUCAUUCGGCUUCUGCGAAGUUUUAAUAAAGUGAGCAUUAUUUUUGUUAUUUGCUUGGUUUUUUGUUUUGUUAAGUUUUUCCUAGUUUAUUGCCCUGUGUCGUCGUGGCGGCAGCCACUGGUAGGUCAUGAGUUCAGAAAGAAGACUUACAGUAGUGUCUUUCACGAACUGUACUUCUGACAAUAUGGACAGUGUCUCUGUAAUCUUAUCCCAGGUCUUCUUUUCUUUCUUUUUUUUUCAAUUGUGGAAAAUUUAAAACAUUGAAAGGUAGAAUGGUAUAAUUUUUUUCAUCAUCUGGCUUCAAAUAAUGGUCAACUCCUGGCCAAUCUUGUUUUAUCUGUACCCCUACCAAUCACACUGGAUUAUUUUGAAGCAAAUCUCAGGUGCCAUAUUACUUCAUAAGUGUUUCAGUAUAUAGCUCUAAGACAUUAAAAAAAUUUAACCAUAGUGCUAUUAUUGCACCUAAAGAAAUGAAUAACUCCUUAGUAUCAUCAAAUAUCCAGUCAGUGUUCAAAUGAUCUCAGAAAUGUGUGUUUUACAUUUUGUUCCAAAUCAAGAUCUGGAUGCAAUCUAUGCGUUGUUGUUAGCUGAUGUGUCUCUUAAGUUUCUCACAACCCGUAGGUCUUCUUCCUAUGUACUGUUGCACUUUCACUCUUUCGCUCCCUUGCAACUUAUUACUUGAGGAAAUCAGAUCAUCUUUUUUUCUAAAGAGUUCCCAGUCUGGAUUUAGCUAACUGCAUCAUUGUGAUUACAUAUUGCUCUGUUCCUGUAUUUCUUAUAAUUUAAUGAUUAGAACUGUACCAUAGCCAUCUAUGGCUGUUGGGCACUUGAAAUUGAACUGAAACUGAGUUUGACUUGAGAUGUACAGUUACACAUGUGGCUCGUAUGUUUCUCUUGGACCACGCUAGAGGCUUGAUCACAUUAAGAUCAGGAUCUUCUGGCGCAAGUAUAUCAUAGACCUGGUACUAAAUACAGGAGGACUAAUCGGUUGUCUCCUUUUGUGAUUCUAGCAGCCAUUGUUAUUCAAGACUCUCGUAUUUGGAUUUGCAAAAGACUUGACAGUUUAAUUGUGCCCUUCUUUCUUUACUUCAGCUGGGAUAUUAAAAGGAGAAGCAUCACCUCAUCAACUAUUUGAUUACACAGGACCAGAAUUUGUAUAGGAAAGGCAAAAAAUAAACACAUGAUUUUAUUUACUAGUAUUCAAAAUAAUGAGUUGCAUCCUCUAAAAGUUACUAGUAAAUUUUGUUUUUAAGUGUCAUUAUGAAUUCGGAUCUAAAUGGGUUUUUCUUUCAACCCAUUGUUAUUAUUUCUUAUUGAUUGCUUCAUGUUUGGCCAGUGGGAGCCUCUUUAACUCCGAUCCUGAGUUCCCACUCAAUCCCAGUAUCCUGUUCCAAGUUUACCUUAUAGGUGUAGCCUAUACUGGGCUUCCCAGGUGGUGAUAGUGGUAAAGAAGCUGCUUGCCAAUGAAAGAGACAUAAGAGAUGUGGGUUUGAUCACUUGAUUGGGAAGAUCUGGAGGAGGAAUGGCAACCCACUCCAGUAUUCUUGCCUGGAGAAUCCCGUGGACAGAGGAGCCUGGUGGGCUACAGUCCAGUCCAUAGUGUUGCAAAGAGCCGGACACAACAAGCAACUUGCCACACAGCACAACUUAGCAUGCAGCAUAUAGCCUAUAUUCUCUAUGUAUUCAACAUAUAUAAAUGAAAAUAGAGAAUUAAAAUCCUUCAAAGACUAACCAGAAAUGUGUUAAUUCAUCAUGUCCUAUAUACAAGAAAUUUAUCUUGACAAAUUAACAGGAGACACUAGAUGUGUGAGAAACUCUUUUUUUUUUUCUUUUUUUUUUGAGAAACUCUUAAUAAGAGCAUUUAAGAAAUUAGAUAAGUACAGGGAAGAUUGAAAAAUAAAAGAGAUUAGUUGUAUGUUAAAUACUAAGCGUGUUCAGUGGGAGUGUCUGAGUUUAUGACGUCAAAGAAUUUGCUUUAGCCAACCAAUUUAAUCACUCUAAAGCCAUUCAUGCUCCUAUGUCCACGUGAUUUUUGUGCAAGGAUUAUUGAGAAGCUUAGCUGGGAUUAUACCAUCUGUUGUAGCAAUUUACUUCUAUAAAUUUUGUCCUCAGAGAAGCUAUCUUGGGAAUUACAAGCUCAAGUCACUUCACCGUUCCCUUCCUGGCUGUGUGGGGCUCUGCCAAGUCACCACACAGGAGAGCAGUGAGCCAUCUGAGGCCUGGGCCUGGUCCUCAGGGACUUGCUCUUUCCAGCCCUGCUCAGCCAUCUCCACACUCCUCUGACAGAAUGAAUGCCCUGGAUGAUGUCCCCUUCAAGGUGCCCAAGGGCUUUGUGAUAGACACAGAGCCCCUCCCUGGGCCAGAUCUCAGUAUUCCAGACUGCAGGGAACUUCUGCUGGGUUCUAUGCACGACUUCAGCCUGGAGAGGAGGACACUCUUCUGGGUGGAGGCUGUCAUCCGGGGACCCUGCCCAGUCCAAUGCGAUGCUCCGGGGGCAGCUUCCGCCCCUCCGGCCUGGCUCUUGCUGGCCAGCCCCGAGCAAGGGCUGGAACCUGUGCCUGCCGCAGUUGAAGAUCCGGGGGCCGGAUCCCAGGAGCAGCCUGAGGAGGAGGAGGAGGAGGAGGAAGAGGAGGACCAGAAUGAGGAAGCAGCCUCGUCUGCCGCGGAGGAAGAGCCGGAGCCCUGCAGGCCCCAGCCCAGCUCCGCGGCGAGCCCCCGCCUGGGCCAACAGCGGUGCUCGCUGGACGUGCUGCGCGGCGUGAGGUCGGAGCUGGCUGGGGCCAGCCGGCGGCUCUCCGAGGGCAGGCUCGCCUCCCACCCCCGCAGCCUCCUUCACCGCCUCCGCCACCGAGCUCUGAGCCUCUGCCCUGGCCCCGCGCCGCCCCUGGGCCCGGCGCCUCCACCCCGCAGUGCUCCCACGCAGAACCCGCCUUCCCCUGUCUCCGAGGCCUCUCUCCCCAGCACCCGCACGCCACCCUUGGGCCCCAAGCCAUCGCCCUCCAGCACCCUCAAGCUGCCCCCGCGGCCUUCCACGGCCGGCGCCAUGCCCCCGCUGCGGAGCCACAAGCCCACAGUUGCGUCCCUCAGCCCAUACACCUGCCUGCCACCUCCUGGACGGGUGCCCCAGCCUUGUGCUGCCCACAGAUCGCACCCUGAUUCUGCUGACUUGCUGUCUGCCCUGAGCCAGGAGGAGCAAGACCUCAUCGGGCCGGUGGUUGCCCUGGGGUACCCUCUGCACAGGGCCAUCGUGGCUCUGCAGAAGACGGGGCGGCAGAGCCUGAGCCAGUUUCUCAGCUACCUUAGCGCCUGUGACCGGCUGCUGCGACAGGGCUACGAGGAGGGGCUGGUGGAUGAGGCCAUGGAGAUGUUCCAGUUCUCCGAGAGCCAGGCAGGGGAGUUCCUGCGCCUCUCGGAGCAGUUCAGCGACAUGGGCUUCCAGCAGGACCGCAUCAAGGAAGUGCUACUGGUCCAUGGCAACCGCCGCGAGCAAGCCCUGGAGGAGCUGGUGGCCUGUGCCCAGUGACCCCCAGGGCACCCUGGUCUGUGCACCCUGGUCCUGCCCCAGACCUGGCAAUCCCUCCUGACUGUAUCAUGAAGACUAUGUGAGAAUAGCAAAGCAGUGCAUGCUUAUUGUAAAAAUGCACACGAUGCCAAGAGUGGGAGUAAAUACUGUAGAGGAGGCAAAACUGUACCUCUGAGAACUUCAUAGGGGCUCUUUAACAAAAAGACAGAUUAACAAGAGAAAAACCAAAAUGUAUUAAUGCAGGUGGCAUGCAUCGUGCCCAAGAAACUUCAAUGAAAAUAACUCAAGAUAGCAGUUUAGAACUCUGGCUGGGGAAGAUCCCCUGGAGAAGGGGAAGAUCCCCUGGAGAAGGGAAAAGCUACCUACUCCAGUAUUCUGGCCUGGAGAAUUCCAUGGACUGUAUAGUCCAUGGGGUUGCAAAGAGCUGGACACGAUUAAGUGACUUUCACUUUAUAUAGCAUUUUCAACAAACAACAAUACAUUUGUAGAGAAAUGACAGGACAAAGGAAAACAGUUUCAGGCUUCCAAGGACAGCAAACUGUAGGGAGGUAAAUAUAUGAAGGGACCGAAUGGAGUAAGAUUUCUUUGCAGGUUCCCUGGUGCACUGCUGGGCUGACAAGAAUCUGCCUCCAGAAAAGAAUGUAUAUCCUGCCUCAAGGCAGAAAAGCGGGGAAGGAAGACAGAACUUUUCUUGCAUCUUCUGCUUAAUUGCCUUCAGCUCAGUUAUGUCAACGGUUUCCCAGAUGGCUCAGUGGUAAAGAAUCCACCUGACAAUGCAGGAGACGCAGGAGACACAGGUUCAACCCCUGGGUUGGAAAGACCCCUGGAAAAGGAAAUGGCAACCUGCUCCAGAAUUCUUAUCUGGAGAAUUCCUGUGGACAGAGGAGACUGGUGGGCUACAGUCUGUGGGGCCACAAAGAGUUGGAUGCAACUGAGCAGAAUUAUGUCAAAGAGGCAUAUUUUGGGAUGACAUUCCAGUUUCCUUCAAUAUCAGAGGAAGCAGCUUAAAGAGGUGAAAGUGGUUCCUUGUGAGGACGGCCAGAUGGGGUGCAUAGGCGAUGAACUGCGUGUUUUCAUAUAACCCUUGUAAAAUGAUCUGCAUUUGAUUCUUUAAACUAUGGGCAUUAGUAACUUUAAGAAAAUUAAAACAAAUAAAUAUUGUAUAGUUCUUUGGGUCCUGGUUUCUGGUCUUGGUGUGGAAAGGAUAUCUAACUGUGGGUGAGAGGACCUAAUUCUGAUUUUGGUUCUGUUGAUGACUGGCUCAAGGCCUGUUUGGGCGUAAGUUUCCCCAGGGAAAGUGGAGUGACUGGACCUGACUGCUAUCCAUAAGAGUACCCUGGGGAGUUUGUUAAAAUGUCCAAAGCUCCACUCCUGGAUAAUCUGAUUCAGAAAGUCCAUCUUGGCAGCCCGCAGGAAUCUGUUUUGUUUUUCUAAGAAGCUCUCUGGAGAUUCUUUCAUUUUCCUUUCUAUUUUUUAAAUCGCUGUUUUGGUUCUAUUGUUGACCCUCUUCAUUCAUUUCCCCUUCUCCCAUCCCCCACCUCUGGCAA